AACUUCGGGGUGUCUCAACUAAUUUAUUUCUGAUUGUUUUGUAUUUAUUGUUUUGUUAUUAACCUGAGCAGGUGGUUCACUUCACACUCCUCCUCAUCCGGCCGCUCAGGCGAGACUUUUACCUGCACAGAGGGGACGAGCGCGCUUCUUUCGCUCUUUCUGUUUUCUUUUUCGAAGAGUAAUUUCCGGUCACUUUGAAUGCGUUUCACUUCAGUGUCUCAAUGCUGGAGCGGUCUCUGCCUGUCACAAGAAUGGAGGGAUUCAGCAGAGUCGCUUUUCGCAGGAAACAAACAAGUCUGGACAUUGUGGAGCCAGAAGAAGAGAAGAAAGGUCGAGCUGGCUGUUUGCAGUCCAAGAGUCCCGAUGAGGAGGCCUGCGUGGCGGUGAAGAUCGAACACUCCAGAGCUCUCGGCAGCAGCCCGGCGUGCGAGCACAGGGACCCGCCCAGCGUGCAGGCGUGUCUGACUCGAGCAGGUGGCGGGAGGAGCGACAAGAUGGAAGGGGUCAAUGGAAGAGUCCUUGCCAGCAGGUCGGGCUCACAGUCUAAACCACAAGUGCCUCCAAAGCCGCCACAUCUCCAGAGCCCAGUGACGGUGCCCACCUCUCCGUGGGGCCGCGUCCAGAAACCACUGCUCAGACUGGUCAUGGAGGAGGGAGGAGGAGGAGGAGGAGGAGGAAGAGGGGCUGCAACCAGGGAGAGAGCCAGGGAUAAACACUCCAAAGUCUCAGACCUCAUCAGUCGCUUUGAGGAGAACAGCAACACAGACAGCAAGAGAGACGGCUCGCCGCUCAAACAGACCAGCAAGUCGACAAACUGCAGCCCGGCUCACUGCGCCCAGCAGACGAAGACGGACACGGACGGGACUCAGGAGAAGCACUCCUCGGCUCCGGCCGUGCUGCAGGAUGCUGACAAGCCGGAGGCUAACGGGAUGCUAGGGCAGAUGGAGCCGGAGAAGGAGGAGAAACAGGAGAAACAGGAGAGGAACAAUGAAAGCGUGAGGAUAGAGACCGUGGGGCUGGUAAACGGAGAUAUGGGCGGCGGGAGUGCAGAGCCGAGCGAUGAACAUUCAGCACCUCACACAGACAGGACUGGUACAGAGAGCCACUCUGAGAAUGAGGACAGUAAAACAGACAGCAUGCAAAGGAACGACGAAGGGAGCACAGAGCAGAAGGAGACGAAUGAACAGAAGCUGUUUAAGAUCGCCAGCGAGCUCUUGCAGACGGAGAAGGCGUACGUGGCCCGACUGAACCUGCUGGAUCAGGUGUUCUGUACUAAGCUAAUGGAGGAGGCAAACAAAGGGACAUUCCCUGUUGACGUGGUGAAGAACAUCUUCUCCAACAUCUGCUCUAUCAACGCCUUCCACAGCCAGUUUCUGCUCCCUGGACUGGAGAUACGCAUGGGAGAAUGGGCGUCCAAACCUCGCAUCGGGGACAUCCUGCAGAAGCUCACACCCUUCCUCAAAAUGUACGCGGAGUACGUGAAGAAUUUUGACAACGCCAUGGAGCUGCUCAAACAGUGGACGGACCGAUCGCCUCAGUUCAAGGCCAUCAUUCAGGAGAUUCAGAGUACAGAUAUGUGUGGCUCCUUGACGCUUCAGCAUCACAUGUUGGAGCCGGUGCAGAGAGUUCCUCGCUACGAGAUGCUGCUCAAAGACUACCUGAAGAAGCUGCCUGAGGACGACCCGGACCGACGAGACGCAGAAAAAUCGUUAGAAAUCAUCUCCACAGCCGCUACGCACUCCAACAGCGCCAUACGGAAAUCUGACAAUCUGAAGAAGCUGAUGGAGAUUUAUGAGAUGCUGGGAGAGGAGGAGGACAUCGUUAACCCCUCGAACGAGUUCAUCAAAGAGGGUCACAUCUUAAAGCUGGCCGCCAGGAACACCUCGGCCAUGGAGCGAUACCUCUUCUUGUUCAACAACAUGCUGCUGUACUGCGUGCCAAAGUUCAGUCUGGGCGGACCGAAGUACACGGUGAGGACGCGGAUCGGCAUCGACGGCAUGAAGGUGGUUGAAACCUCCAAUGAGGACUACCCUCAUACCUUCCAGGUGUCGGGGAAGGAGAGGAUGCUGGAGCUCCAGGCCAGCUCGGAGCAGGACAAGACGGGCUGGAUUAAGGCUUUCCGGGAGACCAUCGACAUCUUCCAGCUGAAAAACGAGUCGUUCAAGAACGCACUGAAAGACGUGGAGGAAGUGUCGAACGCAGAGCUUGGAGUGAGAGCCCCACGCUGGAUCCGCGACAAUGAAGUGACCAUGUGUAUGAAGUGUAAAGAGCCUUUCAACGCUCUGACGAGGCGGAGACACCACUGUAGGGCCUGCGGAUACGUGGUUUGCUGGAAAUGUUCAGACAACAAGGUGCCACUGGCAUAUGAUGGAAACAAGACGAAUAAAGUGUGCAGAGACUGUUUCUCCAUCCUGACGGGAGAAAGAGUAGCAGAGGGCAAGAAGAAGGGCAUCCUGGAGAUCGAGGCAGCUCAGUUCUCAGGCAGCAGCAUCAUGUGUGGCUUCCUGCAGUACUGUGAGAAAAACAAACCUUUGCAGAAGUUUUGGUGCGUCAUCCCUGAGAAGGAGUGUCUGGUGCUCUACCUGUACAAAGCUCCGCAGGAUGUGAAGGCUCAGUGUUCUAUCCCCCUCCUGGGCUACUCUGUGGACGACACCGUCCGGCCCACAGACUCUCCGGCCAGCUUCCGCCUCUCGCAGUCCAAAUCCAUACAUAACUUUGCUGCAGAAACGGAGGAGCUGAAGCAGCGCUGGCUCAAAGUGAUCCGGGUGGCGGUGACGGGAGAGGUGCCAGAAUGUCCUCAGACAAACGGCAACAAUUCAAACAUGAUGGACAACAACAACACACAGGAAGCGAGUACGGACAGCACAUAAAGAGAGAAAACUCUGCUCAUGAAAAGACGUAGUGUGCACAUUGUGCUGCACACAAACACACACUCCUCCUCAUGCUGACUGUGAACCUGAAACUUAAAGACGGAGGGGAGACCUCAGAGCUGGAUUAGCUGCCUUUCCUCCUGUUUCCUCAUAAAGCUACACAAGGACUUUUGAUUCACUGCUAGAGCCGUGCUGGAUUACUGAAGGACACGUCUGGUACAGUCAACACUAGAGCGCAGACUGAGGCCUCGGGAUUGAUUGACUUCAUUCAAACAGGCACCAUAAAGGACAGCUCGCACCCACUCAUCAUCACUUAAUCCUGUCAGCUCCUCUCGAGCCAGUGGAUGACCACAGACUUACACAGCGCCCCGUUCAGGACGUGAAUCAAAGCAAACUGAAGUCUGCUGGUGCUGUAACCUCGACUCUGUGUACCUGUACAGUAUAAAUGUUAUUUUUUGUCUUUUAAGAAAAAAAAGAACCGUUGUGUUUUUAUGUACAGAGAUCAGUCCCAGGCUUUGUUUUGAUAACAUAGAAAAUGAUAAAGUAUUUACAGUAUUGCCCCGCUUCUGUGCGUGAGAUAAUGUUUCCUGAAUGAUACUGUGGUUGGAUAACGAUGUUCUCGUCUCCGUCUCUCACCUGUCAGUGUGAAUUUAUCAACAGUCCAUCAAACUCUGGAUGCAUGCUGGCUGAUCUGUCUGCUUUGCAAUCUCUCGCUCCUGUCCUCAACUAAAAAGCUCAUCCAAGCGUUCACUGUAUGGGUGAACAUGUGGGUUUAUAAAUACAUUAAUCAAAUGUGAAUGUCUGUUUAUGACUUAACCCGUUACAAAA